AUGAAGAAAUUGAAUAUUGAAUGCACUGGUGAAAUUGAAAAUACAGUGAAUAAUGCUAUUGAUUCCAUCAAUGAUGAGCUUCGUGCUAUUAGCUUGGAUUUGCAUGAAAAUAUGGAGACAGGAAUGAAAGAAGUUCAUGCUCAUUAUGUCCUCACAAAGUAUCUCGAAAAGAAAGGAUUCAAAGUGACACGCCAUGCCUAUGGUAUGAAUACUGCCUUUACUGCUGAAUACAGUAAUGGACCCGGUAGAAGAAUUGGUGUCUGUGCAGAGUAUGAUGGCCUUCCCGGUUUGGGACAAGGUUGCGGCCACAACUUGAUUGCUAUCAGCGGCUUGGCUACAGCCAUAGGUAUCAAAGCUGCCUUGGAGAGUGGUAAGGCCUCUGGAAAGGUCAUCCUCUUUGGUACUCCAGCUGAAGAAUUAUCUAUUGGCAAGAUCGUGCUUGUUCAAAAGCGUGCCUUCCAAGAUAAUGUUGAUGUUUGCUUGAUGCUCCAUCCAGCUGCAGUUAACCAUCAGUAUGGCAAAAUGAUUGCUAUUCACGAUGUUCGUGUCGAAUUCUUUGGUAAGCCUAGCCAUGCUUCUGCAUCACCUUGGGAAGGUGUCAAUGCACUGGAUGCUAUCGUUCAAGUGUGGAACAAUGUCAGUAUGCUUCGUCAACAGUUAAUGCCUACAGACAGGGUCCACGGUAUUGUUACAAAUGGCGGUCAAGCCCCCAAUAUUAUUCCUGAAUACACAUCUGCCUUCUUCUUUGUUCGUACGACCAAGGCAUCACAAGCAGGUCGUUUAAUAAAGAAGAUGGAGGACUGCUUUGAAGCUGCUGCAUUAGCCACUGGCUGUCAAGUCAAGUAUACCUGGCGAGAGAUUGGUAUCACCAAAGAUGUGAUCCAAAACUCUGUAAUGGCUGAUACAUAUGCACACUACAUGGAAAAGUAUGGUAUCCAGUUCCCACCAAGAUACGAACAAGAAAGUGGAGGAGGAGGAUCUACUGACAUGGGUAAUGUCAGUUAUGAGGUACCCGUCAUCCAUCCGUUGUACGGUAUCCACACCACUGCUGCCAACCAUACAGUUGAAUUUACAGCUGCAGCCAAGACAAUUCAAGCUCACAAGGAUACGAUCACUGCUUCCAAGUGUCUUGCUGCUACUGGUGUUGAAGUUUUGCUUAAUGAGCAAUAUUACAAGAAAGUUCAAGAGCAGUUCAAGAAGGAUCUUGCUGAACAUUAA